AGCUGCUAGGUUAUCAGCUGAUGCACCAUCGACACAACAGAUGGGUAUAUUUUAAAUGUGUUUAUUAGCAAAUUUUUUAAUAUGAACAACUAAGUUUUAUCCUUACAAAAUGUACAGAAAACUUUUAUUUAGUAAAAGCUCUUGCAGACGGCUUUCAACACAGUAUCAAGUUGCUAAAGCUCAAUUACAAGAUUGGAAGAGUGUUGUUGGCUUAGAAGUUCACGCACAAUUGCUUACUAAAUCGAAAUUAUUUUCUGGCAGUAGCAAUGUAUUCGGAGCGCCACUUAAUACCGCUGUUUCGUACUUCGAUGCCUCUCUACCGGGUACAUUACCUGUACUUAACAGGAAAUGUGUUGAAAUUGGGAUAAAGACUGCUGCUGCACUUGGAUGCCGGAUCAACGAAGUGUCUAUGUUCGAUCGUAAACAUUAUUUCUAUGCGGAUUUGCCGGUCGGCUAUCAAAUAACUCAACAAAGAGCAGCUUUAGCAAAUGAUGGAGAAUUAAAGUUUCCUGUCAUAGUACCAGGCAAGAAAACAUACUACAAAAAAGCGCGUUUAUUACAGUUACAAUUAGAACAGGACAGCGGAAAAUCCUUACAUGACGAAGAAUUAAAGAGGAGCCUUGUCGAUCUUAACCGAGCCGGUGCUCCACUUAUAGAAUUGGUAUUUGCGCCAGAUCUCGAAACUGGUGAGGAAGCGUCAUCAUUAGUUAAAGAAUUAAUAUUAAUCUUAAAGUCUCUUCAUGCUUGUUCCUGUAAAAUGGAAGAGGGAGCGCUUCGAGUUGAUGCUAAUAUUUCAAUUCACAAGUGUGGUGAGCCUUUUGGUGUACGUACUGAGGUAAAAAAUAUUGGCUCUGUGCGUAGUAUUUCUCAGGCAAUUACAUACGAAAUACAACGGCAGUUCGAUGUCGUCUCAAAAGGUGGUACCAUCACUAAUGAAACUCGUUCUUGGGAUGCAACAACUCGUUGCACAAUACCUAUGCGUGAUAAAGAAGUGUUGCAAGACUAUCGCUUCAUGCCGGAACCGAAUCUACCACCAUUACGCUUAAAUCUAUCUUCAAGCGCCGACUCUAGUACAAGCUCCGAUAUUAUUUCGGUAGCAUCAAUUACUAAAGACAUACCAGAAUUGCCAGAGGAUACCCGUUCAAAUUUAAUCAAAACGUAUCAAUUGAAUCAGGAUGUGGCUGUCAUUUUAGUGAAUGAGCCUGUAUUGCUAGAGUACUUUUUGAACGUCAUUGAACACAUUCCUAGCAUACCGGCAAAACUAGUAACCAACUUUUUAAUAAACGAUCUAUUAACUUUUUGUAACAAAGCUAAUAUAGACGUUGAAAGCUGCCAACUUACCUACACUCACCUGGAGGAUAUUCUUACAGCACUGAAUGCUGGUACUAUAAAUCUACAAGCUUGUAGGCAGCUUAUUGAAUUCCUACAUCAGGAUCCAACACAAAAUGUGCAAACGCUUAUACGGGACCGAAAUAUGGAACAAAUUACGGAGGAUGAAACGAUAGAGCAGUUAUGUCGACAAGCGAUUGAACGCCAAGAACAAGCUGUGAAACAAUACAAAAGUGGUAAAAAGAAAGCAUUAUUUGCUAUUGUUGGCGAAGUAUCCAAGUUGUCCAAACAAAAGGCUAAUAUGAAAAUGGUUGUCGCUUACCUGGAGAAGAUGUUAAAGUCAUAAUAAAAAACUCACUGGCGAAUUGUAUACCAAACGUAUUUUUUAUUUGCUCAAAGUGUACGAUACAAGUGUAUUGUUGAGUUAAAUAUUCAUUCUACAAAUAUAAUUUCGUUAUUUAUUC